AUGGUCGAUGAGUGGAUAGUUAGGGCUUCUCUUUUCUUAAUCGGCUCACUUUUGCUUUUACUGUUUUAUGAAGUAGCUGGUAUUUUCCAUAAAACUGUGGGUGAUCGGAAGGAAGAUGUGGAGGCAUCGGGGGGCUGCUUGGGUAAUUGGCAAGUUUGGAUUAUAUUUUUAUGUUCAUCCUUCUCGACGCUUCCACCGCCUGUAUGUGUCCUCCUCCAACUGUCGGCUUCUAUUUCUUUCCUUUACUAUUUCCUCACUGGGUUUGAACCCCUCCGAAACCUCGAAUGUUUGUUCAUCGCCUUCGAUGAAAUCGACGCCACCGUGAAAGGAAGACAAACUUUCGGUCUAGAACAAAAUCACGACAGGAAUAGAGCGACAAUUAUAACGUUUAACAUUUUGGAUACGUUCUAUGAAGGUGAGAAUUCUGAUGUAGCUCGAGCUUUUGAUCAUCCAUUUGAUUUUUUAUCAGCAGGUUGCUUUGCGACUUUAGGUUUGAGAAUUUCCAGGGAAUCUUUGCUUAAAGUAAAGCAAGCUUUUGGGAUUGGGUCUACUACAACUAACUUAACACCUGAAGUAUUUUCAAUGGUUGUGUUUAUUGGGAGAAUCUUGAAAUCUUUACCAUUUUUGUAG